AUGAUAUCACAACAACUUCAAAACGUGAUCAAGCAAUUUGAUCGAUUGAAAGCAGACUCGUUGAAACAAACAUUGGUAACAUUUGGUAAGGAGGUUCCAUCUGCACCAAAGAAGCCAGAGUUGCUUUCGAUGAUCAAGACAUUGGUGUCUGGUCAGACAUAUGCCUUUUUGCUCGAGGAUAUGGCUUUCAAGCCCAUCUUUGCCGGUGACCUCAAGAUCGACGUCGAUCAGGUGCCCAAGGAGUUUGAGACACACGGGCUGUCGGCCGCACUCGACCGUCUCAGCGCCGACUCACUCAAGAGUGUUGUCGAACAGCUCAAGCUCGGCGACGACAAUGAGGCCGAGACCAAGGCCGAGCGUAUCAGUCGUAUCGAGGAGGAAUCGUUUUUGCAGGGCGUCAACAAGAUGUUCUUUAAGCUCAACAAGGACGUGCUCAAGUGCUACUGCACCGACCUCAAGGUCACCCACUCGGGCGACACUGCCAAGGACACUGACCAAUUGAUGAAGGCCAUGUACGACCUCGAAGGUGGUGAAACCAAAGAAGACGAAGAUGAAGAGGAGCAAGAAGAAGAGGAGACCGCCGCUGCCGCACCAAAGAAACCAGCUGCCAAGGACAAGAAACCAGCUGCCAAAGACUCCAAGAAACCAGCUGCCAAGGCUGCUGCCGCCAAAGACGCCAAGAAGCCAGCUGAAGCAGUCAAGAGACAAGCUCGUGCUGCUUCCAAACGUGUUCCUGCCAAACCAGCUGCUGCUGCCAAGUCCUCAGACUCUGCAGCUGGAAAGCGUGUCAAGAAACCAGUGACCAAGCUAGAGACCGAGGUUGCUGCAACCAACGGCAAGAAGAAGGCUGCUGCCGCACCAAAGCGUAAGCAAGAUGACCGUGACUCGGAUUCUGACUCGGACAGUGAUUCAGAAGACCAGGUCGAUACCGCCCGUCCCACCAAAUCCAACCCCAACAAGCUCGGAGGAUACUACCACGAUGGCAAAUACGUUAAUCCACCCAUCAGCAAGAUUGCCAAGGGUGUAGACAGAGACACGCUCCACAACUGCUUCAACAUUGAGCCAUUGUCAGAGUUUUGUAAAAAGGAGGGCAUGACCGGCACCAGCAGUCUCAACAAACAAAAACUCAUCACUAAAAUCCUCAACUAUCUAAAGGGAGAAGACGUAAACAAAAAGGGCAAGGUACCAAAGAGCAAGAAGAAAGUAACCAAAAAAUCUAAAACCUCAUCUACAACUUCAACAACUACUACUACUUCUUCAUCUUAA